ACAGUUUUUCUCGAUUGCUAAGACACAAAACCCAGUACUCUAAACCAAAUGACCAGUUGCCUAAACACAUUUAGUAAAACUACCCCCCAUUUGCCACAACCAAAAACACAAUUCACCUGUAGACACUGUUCACAAAACCCAUCCCCUUUUUCUCAAAACUCUAAACACAUUUUGCCUUGCUAAAACACAUUUAGCAUAUAUCUCUGCUCAAAUAUGCAUUGUGAAGCUCAUGUGAUGCAAAAUGCCACACACAGUCAGCAAAACCUGAACACAAUGAACACACCUGGUGUAAUUCAGUAAACACAACGACUCAUAAUUGAAAACACCUAUUGCAAAUGAUGUGACCACACCUAUAUAAGUCAGUUUGCUGAAGGUUCCAAACAAAAAUGGAUGAUCAAGGAAGAAGAAGAGGAGUUCGUGCCAGAGGAGGGAGAGGAGUUCGUGCCAGAGGAGGGAGAGGAGUUCGUGCCAGAGGAGGGAGAGGAGUUUUUGUCAGAGGAGGGAGAGGAGCAGGCCAAGGAGGGAGAGGAGCAGGUCAAGGAGGUAGAGGAGCGGGCCAAGGAGGGAGAGGAGCAGGUCAAGGAGGUAGAGGAGCGGGCCAAGGAGGGAGAGGAGCAGGUCAAGGAGGUAGAGGAGCGGGCCAAGGAGGGAGAGGAGCAGGUCAAGGAGGUAGAGGAGCGGGCCAAGGAGGGAGAGGAGCAGGUCAAGGAGGUAGAGGAGCGGGCCAAGGAGGGAGAGGAGCAGGUCAAGGAGGUAGAGGAGCAGGCCAAGGAGGGAGAGGAGAAGGAGGGCGAGCAAGACAACGCAUCUUCAUCACAGAUGAAAUGAGAGCAACGGUCAUUGACCACGUCAUUGUCCACGGCAUGACAAUGACCGAAGCUGGACAACGAGUCCAACCAAACCUAAGCCGAUUCUCAGUGGCCACCAUUAUUCGGGCCUUCAGAGAACACAACAGAGUUGAAAGAUUGCCAUAUGCAGGUGGGAGGGCUUCCAGAUUCACACCAGCCCAAGAGGUCGUCAUUGUGGAUAUGGUUCGGGAGAACAAUGUGCUGAGACUACGGGAGAUACGGGAGAGGAUCAUUGGUGACAAUAUGAACUUUCCGAACAUUGACGAUGUUAGCCUGACAACCAUAGACAGAGUCCUCAAGCGCCAGAGAGUACGCAUGAAGCAGGCCUAUAGGGUACCCUUUGAGCGCAACUCUGACAGAAUAAAGCACCUCCGUCACCAGUAUGUGCAAAGGAUCUUCGAGUUGGAGUCCAUGGCCAGACCCCAUGAAUUUAUAUUUGUGGAUGAGGCUGGCUUCAACCUCACAAAAAGGAGGAGGAGAGGCCGUAACAUCAUAGGACAGAGAGCUAUCGUUGAUGUGCCCGGCCAACGUGGAGGAAACAUCACCCUCUGCGCUGCCAUGAGUUCUAGAGGGCUUCUCCACCGGCAUGCUGAACUUGGUGCCUACAACACUGAGCGUCUCCUCACCUUCCUAGGAGAGCUCAGAGAAGUUUUGCAUGACCAUGACCACCCGAACGACCAGCAGAAUCCUGGGCCGGCUGAUCUUCCCAUAUAUGUCAUCUUCUGGGACAAUGUUAGUUUCCAUCGCAGCAUCCAGGUCAGAGAGUGGUUUAACAUCAACCAGCAAUUUAUUAAUGUGUGUCUGCCACCCUACUCUCCAUUCCUAAACCCAAUAGAAGAGUUCUUCUCAUCAUGGCGGUGGAAGGUCUAUGACCGCCAACCGUACACCAGAGAGAACCUUCUCAGGGCUAUGGACCUGGCCUGUGAUGAUGUGGCUGUGGAGGCGUUCCAAGGCUGGGUGCGGCAUGCCAGGGCAUUCUUCCCACGAUGUUUGGCUAUGGACAAUAUUGCCUGUGACGUGGAUGAGGUACUGUGGCCCGACCCAGUCCGACGACGUGAUGCCGCCCAAUGAUUGCAGUGUCAACAUACUGUGUCAAUUUACAUGUACAACGUAGGCCUAAUAAAAGAGAUCGCACCCUGAA